CCAUUUUUCCCAUAGAAGUGAAAGGAAAACGAAAAAUUUUCCAGUUACUUUUAUCCCAAUUCCUGAGCCAAACUCUGUAAAUUCUGAAAUCUGGAUGCAAUUUGCCGAUCUGCCAACUUAGAGAGAUCAGUUCACGUAUAGUCAAAUAGGCUCUAAUUCAUGUUCUGUAGAUUUGCUAGAAGCUGCCGGAAUUUUGAAAAUGAGUGAAGCGGCGACACCCCAUUCGGGUGAAGGAAAUGAUGGGCAGAGACCAUUCUUGGACUUGGGGGCGUUUGUUGAGGAUUUGAAUGUAGAUGAGGAUGAAGCAAGUGAGGAUAUAUCACUUGAGGGGUUAGAGGAAGAACUAGAGGAGUGUAAAAGUGAUGAUGUAGUUGCAAACAUAUUGUCUAAAGGCAUGAAGUUGCGGGAAUACACAAAGGGAGUUGAAAACAAUUUACGGCAGGUUGAACUGGACUCCAUCCAGGAUUACAUAAAAGAAAGUGACAAUCUUGUCUCACUUCAUGAUCAAAUUCGUGACUGUGAUAUGAUUCUUUCACAAAUGGAAGCUCUACUUAGUGGAUUUCAGACAGAAAUAGGUUCUAUAAGCUCAGACAUAAAAAUCCUUCAAGAGAAGUCUAUGGAUAUGGGACUGAAGCUGAAGAAUCGCAAGGUUGCAGAGUCAAAACUGUCGAAAUUUGUUGAAGAUAUUAUUGUUCCACCAAGGAUGAUAGACAUUGUUGUUGAUGGAGAGGUUAAUGAGGAAUAUAUGAGAACUUUGGAGAUUCUGAGUAAAAAGCUGAAGUUUGUUGAAGUAGAUCCGAUGGUUAAAACAUCAAAAGCCCUAAAAGAUGUUCAACCUGAACUUGAGAAACUAAGACAGAAGGCAGUAUCAAAGGUGUUUGACUUCAUGGUUCAGAAGCUAUAUUCAUUGAGGAAACCAAAAACAAAUGUCCAGAUCCUUCAACAGAGUGUUCUUUUGAAAUAUAAGUUUAUUAUAUCCUUCCUCAAGGAGCAUGGAAAGGAGGUGUAUGUUGAGGUUCGAGCGGCUUAUAUUGACACAAUGAAUAAGGUUUUAAGUGCACAGUUCCGUGCUUAUAUUCAAGCAUUAGAGAAACUGCAGCUGGAUAUAGCAACAUCUAGUGAUCUAAUUGGUGUUGAGACAAGAAGCGGUGGUCUUUUCUCCAGAGGAAGAGAGCCAUUAAAGAAUCGGUCUGCAGUUUUUGCUUUGGGUGAAAGGAUCAACAUUCUCAAGGAAAUUGAGGAACCUCCUUUGAUUCCACAUAUUGCUGAAGCCAGCUCGAAAAAGUAUCCCUAUGAAGUUCUCUUCAGGAGCUUGCACAAACUGCUUCUGGAUACAGCUUCUUCCGAGUACCUUUUCUGUGAUAAUUUCUUUGGGGAGGAGUCUAUCUUUUAUGAUAUAUUUGCAGGUCCAUUUGCUGUAAUUGACGAGCACUUUAACUUAAUCCUUCCAAAUUCAUUCGAUGCAAUUGGCCUGAUGCUCAUGAUUCGAAUCAUUCAUCAGCACCAGCUGGUAAUGUCUCGCCGCCGAAUUCCAUGCUUGGAUUCGUUUUUAGAUAAGGUCAACAUUGCAUUAUGGCCACGUUUCAAGAUGGUGUUUGACUUGCACCUCAAUAGCCUGCGGAAUGCCAAUAUCAGAACUCUCUGGGAGGAUGAUGUUCAUCCACAUUAUGUCAUGAGACGUUAUGCAGAAUUUACUGCCUCACUUAUUCAUCUAAAUGUUGAAUAUGGAGAUGGUCAGCUUGAACUCAAUAUGGAGAGGCUGAGAAUGGCUAUUGAUGACUUGCUUGUGAAGCUUGCAAAAAUGUUCCCUAAACAAAAGCAGCAGACAGUAUUUCUAAUAAACAACUAUGACAUGACGAUAUCUGUUUUGAAGGAAGCUGGUCCAGAGGGCAGUAAAAUUCAACACCAUUUCGAGGAUUUACUGAAGAACAACACUGCUAUAUUUGUGGAAGAGUUACUGCUGGAGCACUUCAGUGAUCUUAUCAAGUUUGUAAAGACGAGAGGAUCCGAGGAUCCAAGUUCUGGAUCUGAACGGCCUAUAACAGUUGCUGAGGUGGAACCUAUCGUGAAGGACUUUGCAAGUCGUUGGAAGGGGGCGAUAGAGCUGAUGCACAGCGACGUCAUUACUUCUUUCAGCAAUUUCCUUUGCGGUAUGGACAUAUUAAGAGCGGCCCUAACGCAACUGCUGCUGUACUAUACAAGGCUUUCGGACUCUAUAAAGCGGAUUGCUGGCGGCACUGCACUUAAUAAGGAUCUGGUUUCCAUAUCAUCAAUCAUGUAUGAGAUUCGAAAAUUCUCGAGGACUUUCUAGCUUGUUUCUCCUGUAUGCAUAAUGUUUGUUGUGAGUGUCUGAACGAUUCGUUUUCCUCUAGAGGUAUUAUACUCAUACACCUUUGCCAAAAGCUCUGAAUUUUAUAUAGGUUAGUUGAAUUUUGUACGUUUAUAAAUAUGUAUUUCACUCAUGUAUUCUUGAUCAAGACUGCCAACCGGUUACAUGUGAAACUCUCAAGCCCUUUUUAGUGCUC